CCUGAUGUGAAAAGGAAAGAUGUCUGUAAAGCAGCGUCGUCGUCGGUCAGAUGCUAAAUGGCGGGCCAGCAUUGCAGGCUGUUAUGAAACCCUGAAACAGAUAGUUUUAAUUGACAACAAUGGGAAGGAAGGAAGACGUAUGAAAAUUACUAAGGCGAUGAUUUUGAAAGAAGCAUCCAAGCAUAUGGUAUUUCUUGAAGGGUUACUGCAGACGCUUUUGAAAGAAAAAGCUAAACUGGUUGGUAACAGUGAAGACUUGAGCAUGGAAAAAGUAAAGCAGCAGUUCAUUGAGCACCAGGCAAAACUCCAAACAAAAAGCAGUAAGGCUAAAGAAAGAGCUGUCAAAGUCAACAGAAACCCUAUAAAAAGUCAACUGCAGUAUCCGUGGGACUCAUUUGACUAUCAAGUUGUGCCAAGUGAUGCCCAGGGUCAAGUAUUUGAUAAACUGGAGACAGUUCACCCGGGUUCCUUGGCUUGUUUGGAAAGAUGUCAUAGUCCAGUGUUGGGUCCAAAGCAGCUGUUGCCACGCCCAACUUUAGUGAAACCACAACUGAAACAGGCAGCAGCAAUUUCUAAGCAGCCACCAAUAACCGAAACCUUAACAAGGCAGAUGUUGAAUGCCACAAAGAACCAACCACAGGCAUUUGGCAUGCCACCGAUUGAGAAGAUACAGUCCAAAAAGAAAACCAAAGGAAAAAUCAACAAGAAACUGCCCCAGAAACAAGAACCUUCAGAGAAACAAGAGAACAAGUCUGAGCAAAUAGUACCAGCAGCUCCUGGCACCAAACCAAAUGGAUGGCUCAGCAAGUCCAGGCCUUUAGACAUGGCCCAAUUGGUCCCUGGGGAUGGUAUGGAAGACUUAACAUCUGUACUGUCCUUGAGAAUAGAGAAUGUGGUCUCAGAAACAGCACCAUACUUGGAGGGGACUUGGAGCCUUGGAACACCAAGCAAGAAGGAUCAUGUGGUAAUAUUUCACCAGAAAUACAGUCCUGGGUUCACUCCUAUCAAACUACCUGACAACUGGAAAGAUGAUGCACAGACAGAUGCUCGUAAUUCAGAGGACCUAGAUGAUGAAAGUUUGCUGUGUCAUGAAACUAUGGAGGCCAUUAAUCUUGAGGAUGAAAUUGAUGGUUUUUCUGAUGAAGCUUCUGAGUGGAAUUCUCCAAGGGACAGCAAGAACCAACACCAACUGAAUAAUGGGCUUUAUUUUAGUCAAAGUCAAAGUGAGGACAGCCCAACACCAACCAAAAGAAAGCCUGGAGAGGCAGCUGUGAGUGAAAACCCAAAGUGUAGAAGGAAGCUUGAGGGGAUGUAUCAGAGGCGCAGUAAGAGUAGGUUCAAGGUAGUGGCUAAGGACAGUGCUGAACUGAAAUCAGAUGAUUCACAGAUAACACAAACCAAAUUGGUCAAGUUUGGCCGUAAGAAAUCUGACAAACCAUCUACGUGUAGCCCAGCACCCAAUUCAAAACCUGCCACAGUAGCUCUUCAGGCACUUGAACCUGCUUCUACCCCCACACCUAACUGUCAGGACUUUGAUGGCUACUUGAAGUUUUACAAGGAGACGGCUAAAGAAUUGGACGUCAAGCCAGAAUGUCUGUCCAGCACUAUUGCAGACAUGUGGCAGAAACUCCCGGAAGAUUUCCGUGAAACUAUGGUUACCAUGGCAAUGGUGGAGAACUCUAGUGACGACUCCCAGAGUAGUGAUCUUAGUGAUGAUCUGAAGGAAGUUACAAGUUCUCUAUUCACUGAAGAAGAAAAGAUGAUGACAUAUCCCGUGGAAGUCAUUGAUGAUUUUCUUGAGAAACAAGAGAAAGCACUGGAAGCCAAAGAUCCUCAGGAAUUGGAGGAAAAAUCCACAGGUCCAGACUCCAGUGAUGAACCUCCUGGGGACAUUAAUGUUAGCCAGGAUAAUGACAGCAGCACACUCAACUUUGGCCAAGAACUCGACUUUGACAUAGAUUUCAACGCUACAGAUGAAAGUUUGUAUGAGAUGGUUGGAAACAAGUCCCCUCUGCAUUUGAUGUCAGAUGGUUUGAUCCCUGAAUCAAAUGAGUUUGCUAUGGUUCCUGGUGAAAAGGUCAUAAGAUCUCCUUCACAUAAAGAACUUCAUGAGGUCCCUGAAGAUUUUGGAAUCCUUGAUUUCUCUGAUGAUUCAGUGUACUUCUAAAGGUCUUUCCCUGUUCACCAGUGUGGAGUGUUUUGCAUUGACACUUAACAGAGUUAUUUUUUGUGCAUUAUCAAUUAAUUUACCAUUUUAAUUUGGUCAGUUGAUGGAAAGAAUUUGGAGGUGGAGUUUUUCAUUAAUUAGUUUGUAAAUGUUAAAAGGAAAUUGCGGUUUGCUAAUAAAUAUUAGAUGGCAUUAGAUAUGAAUGACAAGACGCUUAAGAACAUUGGUCCUUUCCAGGCUGAGGCAUUUAUAAACAAGGAAAGUUUGUUUAAGGAAUAUUUAGAUAUUGAUCAAAAUUCGAUGGAUACAUAUAACUAGAUGUCUAAAUAUAGAUGUUCAAAUAUUAGAUAUUGAUUAAAACUCAGCAAAACAUAUAACUAAAUGUAUUAAAAAUAACAUUUGAUUUUGUGAAAGUUUAGGCAGUUUUUAACUAGGAAUUUUUGGUUUCAGAAUAUUUGAUCAGCAUUAAAGAAAGCUGGGGUAUAAGCCAUGUUAAUUGAAAGUAAUAGGUCACCCAACUUUAUACUACCAUAAGAAAUGGUAGGUCGGAGAAAAGGAUCUAAUAUAUUGGCCAUGUGUAGUAGAUUUUUAACCACUAUUUGUUGUGAAAGAGUUUAUUUACAAUAUUUAAAUCAUUUUGUCACUUUUUCAAAUUAGAUAUCAUUACCUGACAUGCUAUAUGUAUUAACGUAAUUAAUAUUUUUCCCAGAAAUCUGUACAUUUCUAGGAAGGGUAAUCGGAUUGAAAUUAGAUAAUAAUGUGCCAAACCAUGUGUGAUUAAAAUUAAUUUGUUCAUCUAUAUACAUUGACUAUCAUAAAGCUAAUAAGUAUCUUUUCAGAAGCUGUGAUUUUACAGAAAGAUAAUCUACUUAAUCACAUUAUUUAUGCUGUUUUUUUCAUUUUCUUUUUUUCUUUUUUUUUUUUUUAAAGAUUUGGUUCCGAAUGUUUGUUGCCAAGGACAUAUUGUUCCUUAAAAAAUUAACAAAAAUAUAAUCUUUUUACACUUUAAGAAUAUUAACUUUUACAUUUUUGAGUAGAUUACAGCAAGCAGUUGUAGUGCAGUGCUGUAAAACAUUACUUUUUUGUAUAUAUUUUCCUUGUUACAAAGGUUUAA